CGCUCCCUGGUUGGCUAAGAGAGAAAGACAGAGAGAGAGAGAGAAAGAGAGAGCCCGACCAGUAGAGAGGAGCCGGCGGCGGCGGCGUUGGCUGCGCGGGACACCCGGGGGACUCCUCCCGGAGAAUGCAAUCCCCCUGCCCUGCCCCAGCCCCAAGCAGAUGAUGGCGAUACGGGAGCUGAAAGUGUGUCUUCUCGGGGAUACUGGGGUUGGAAAGUCAAGCAUUGUUUGCCGAUUUGUGCAGGAUCACUUUGACCACAACAUUAGUCCCACAAUUGGUGCUUCCUUCAUGACUAAAACUGUGCCUUGUGGAAAUGAGCUUCAUAAGUUCCUCAUCUGGGAUACAGCUGGUCAGGAACGUUUCCAUUCAUUGGCACCCAUGUACUAUCGGGGAUCUGCAGCAGCUGUUAUAGUGUAUGAUAUCACUAAACAGGAUUCUUUUAAUACCUUGAAGAAAUGGGUGAAAGAAUUAAAAGAACAUGGUCCAGAAAACAUUGUAAUGGCCAUCGCUGGAAACAAAUGUGAUCUCUCAGAUAUUAGGGAGGUUCCUAUGAAGGAUGCUAAGGAAUAUGCUGAAUCCAUAGGUGCAGUUGUAGUUGAAACCAGUGCAAAAUGUGCUAUUAACAUUGAGGAACUCUUUCAAGGAAUCAGUCGUCAGAUCCCACCCUUGGAUCCUCAUGAAAAUGGGAACAAUGGAGCAAUCAGGCUUGGGAAGCAAACACCACAAGCAAGCAGGCGAUGUUGCUGACCCGAUAUGAUAUCAUCUGAUGUACUUGAAGAACUCAAAUCCCAUUUUCUUGUGCACUGACUGAAGGACUUCCCACUCUUGGUGACUUGGUGCCUUGUUUAAAAAAAAACCCAGCUCUACAUUAUGAAAAAUACGCAGGCAUCACAACCAGAAAGUUUCUCUGGGAAAGGAUUUUGCAGAAAUUCUUGAAAAAUCCUUAGUCAUACUAUUUAUAUUGAUGGAUUGGAUUAUACUGAAUUCAUCUUGCCCCCCCCCCCCUUUCUCACUCUUCUUAAAAUGGUGGUUUUUACUGAGUGGGUGAAGGAAGGGAGUGGGUGGAUGACAAGUAUAUACCAAGUUCUCUGUUAACCCUCCCAGUCCUCAAGUUUUGUAAGAAAGAGGAUGUAUUCUUGCUGGCUCAGUUUGUGUGGGGGCAUUCUGGGGUCAGUUGUUCCUCUCUGGCUUCCUAGUUGGCCUGGUCACACUGCCGGAAUCUUUGUGCCAUUGACUUUGUGGAUGACCUAAUCAGUCACCUGUGAAAGUUAGCUAGUGAGGAGAUAACUUUUUAUAUGGUUUUAGAACUGAGCAUGGUUUUUAUUUUUAAAUUUUAGAUCUACUCUAAAUAAAAUUUUUUAAAGGAAAGAAAUAGAAUUUAGCCCAUACUUCCCACAUCUUCUUUAGAGAACAGAGGAUUAUUAUCCAACUGUCCCCCAGAUUACAGGUUUGAGCAAUUCACUGAAAAAGAAGGGAAGACUUAUUUUAAAGAAAGAGGAAGAAAGAAAGAGAAGGAAAGGGGAUGAAAGGAACAAAAAAAAAGAAGGAAGGAAGAAAAGAAGAAAGAGAAAUAUUUUUUAGAUCUAUGCUUUUUCUCCUCAAUUGCACACAUUUUGAGUUUCAGGUACAUGUAGAGUGACAAACCUGAGAAAGUUGCUGCAAAUGACUUGAUAGCUGAGAAGGUCUUGUUUCUGAAAAAGAGACAGAAGGCAUUCCUAUGUAAGAAUGCAUAUGAGCAGACUAAAGUAGAGAUAUUUUUAAAAGAGGUACUUCCUACUGCAUGUUGUCUUGAUGGGUAGGGAGCUCAAUGUACAAAGUAUGUCCUUGCUAAUAGCAUCUGUCAUGGUUUCUUAAUCAAGGUUAAGAAUUGAAGUAAAAGAAUCUGCAGACUAAACUACAGGAUAAACUUCUGAUGAGGGGAGAUUGGUUAGAUUAUUGAGCAAUUAGUCAGUGAGUGGCAGAUGCCUUAGGCUUUUAAACACUUUAAAACUACUAGACAAAAAAAAGGCAUUAAAAAAAAGACAUCUUUUGGACUCUUCUACACUCUAUCAAUGCAGUACUCCAUCAUAUCUGCACAAAAUAUAGACUUUAGGAUCGCCUUCCUGAUCCAGAUUCCUUAGCUUCUUCUGUAAUAUAAAAGGAUUUGAAUAUCUUUUGUUUGUUCAAUUUCAGGUUUUUUUUUUUUUUGGCUAGGCAAUGGGGUUAAGUGACUUGCCCAGGGUCACACAGCUAGUAAGUGUU